GCGAUCGCGCACUCGGUGCUCGCUCGCGUGGGGCCGGCGCGGCGAUGCUUGCGGGCCGGGCCCCGCCGGGCGCUGCGGAUUGCUGCCGCCGCUUCCUGGCGGCGGCUCUGGCGGCGGGGCUGCGGCCGCUGCUAUGCGGGCUGCCGCCCUGCUGGGCGACGGCGAGGCGGGCGGUGGGACAGUGGCCGAGCCCGGGCCUGCGGGUGCCAGAGGCGGCGGGGGCGGAACGGCUGGUGCAGCAGGUGCAGCGGAACGGCGUGCCGCUCCGUCGCUUCAUCACCUGCCCGCAGCUGGCCCGCACCGUGCAGCGCUGCCUGCAGGACGGAGCCCGCCCCGGCCCCCAGCCCGUCCUGCUCGAGUGCGCGCCCGGUCCUGGAAUCUUGACCCGAACUCUGCUCAAUGCAGGUGUUAGAGUGGUGGCCCUAGAAAGUAACUCAGCUUUUCUUCCAAACUUACAGUCCCUAGAGAAUAGCCUGGAUGGACAAUUAAAGGUAAUUUACGGUGACUUCUUCCGACUGGAUCCUUUGGUGACUGGAACGGUGAAACCACCUGCUAUGUGUUCUGACAAACUUUUUGAAACCAUGGGUGUAGCAGCAGUUCCUUGGAGAGCAGAUGUACCUGUGAAAAUUUUUGGAAUCUUACCACAAAAAAAGGAAAGAAACACACUUUGGAGGCUUCUUUUUGCCCUGUAUGAAUGCAGUUCCAUAUACAGAUACGGAAGAAUAGAACUCAACAUCUUUAUAAGUGAAAAAGAGUACAAGGUAUUAACAGCAAUGCCUGGGGAUGCAAGGGCUUACCAAGCACUUACUGUACUUUGGCAGGUAGGAUGUGAAAUUCAGCUACUGCACACGGAACCUUGGUCAUCAUUUGUAACUAAUUUGAAAAAUGGGGGACUGGCAGUACCAAAAAGCACGUGGCUGCCAAAUGACCAUUUAUGUUUGGUACGACUGACUCCUCAGCAAAAUCUAUUUACAGGAGGCUUGAAGCCCACAAAUGCAGCUACUUUUAUUUUCAUGGUGAAACAGUGUCUUGCUAAACCCAAGUCUAAACUUACCGACAGAUUAAAUUCGUGGAGCUUGGACAAUGGUGGCAAAUUACUGAGAGAGCUAGAAAUUCCAAAAAAUGCCGAAGCACGUAACUUAUACCCAGAAGACUAUAGGCGUCUUUUUGAGGCUUUGCAAAACUCUAGUAUGUUUACUGAAACCUGGUUCCAUGAUGACGUCCUGGAAAGUAUAAGGAACAUAAACUUAUAAAUCUAAAGCUGCUAUCUUUUAGAAGAUCACCUUUGCUUCUGGAAGAUUACUUUGAUAAGAAAUGAUUUAAAUAAAAUCGGAGUAUUGUUAGCUAGAUAAUUUCCUGUCCAAACAGGAAAAUAAAUUUAGCAAGUAACAAGAGCCCUUCUACACAGGAUGAAAGUAACGGAUUCGCAGUUAUUUGGUCACUGUCCUAUCUAGAAUGGACAAACUUUGCAUCUUUUCCAGGAGCAUAUUAAUGAUCUGCUGCUUUCGGAUGUACCACUUAAAUGGAACUUUUUGUUACACUGCUGUAAAUUUACAACAUUUAAAAAAAUAUUAGACCAAAUAUCGUUAUUCGUGUGGUUUGUAUUUUAGUGCUCAGAGAUUUAAAUGCCCUUUCACAGAUUCCCAAAAUACAUAGGUCUUUACCACCUCUGAAUGUUACAUUGUCUCCUGAUCCAAGAACCUUGUGGUCUAAAGACAGCAUAAUAUUUAUAAAUCAAUAGUGGUGGGUUAAUAGAAGACAAGGUAAUGACAGCAUGAUAAAACAUCAGCUGAGAGUUUAGGUUUUUUUAACUGAAGAUUGUUACAUCCUGGAGUAAAAAGUUGUAAUGAUUCUUUCUUUCGAAAUUUUGAAAAAAACAUUUGGCAGCCUGUUCUAGUUUACAGUAUGUGAACACCUAGAACAUUCAGUAAUAAUGGUGUGUAUAAACAGGAAAAAAAAACUUACCUGCAACCUUUGAUAAUAUGUAUUUGUUUAAUGUGUAUUACGUGUACAUAAAACUUUAAAACAAUAUGCUAUUAAAAUUAUCUUUUUAGCCAUAGUCCUCCAUAAUGCAGCCUUUUCCUAGUUUCUCUUCCUGUCCUACCACGUAACUGUUCUGUUGUUGUCUGAUAGUGCUGGCAGGCUCUAGUGGUUCUGUCUUCUGUAUUUGAGCUGUGGCCCAAAAGAUGCUUUUUUAGCAGAGUACAAGUUAAUAAAAUGCCUUUUCAGUGAAGUCUGGGCUAUUUUCAGGCUCUGGAAAACAGCAGUGACCAAAACAAUUGCCAACACAGACUUGUAUUUCUUAACGUGAGGUAUAGAUGUGACAAGCCUUCAUCCCUGUCUUCCACCUGCAGUUCCUGCUGCAGAAGGAAAAUUGCUUUCAGGCAGCCUCGGCUCCCUCUGCUGCCAGGCUGUGGCUCUCGGCUUAAGCUGUUGAUAAGCCUUUGUCAUGUUAUGAUGAAACUACUGGAAAGGCUGAGGUUUAAUUUGCAAUCUGUCUCAAGAGUGUUACUGGUGUUCUGGUGUAGGUCUUGAAGAUUUGAGGCUUGCUUUCUGUUUACAUUUCUUACUAUUUCAGAUAACUUGCAUUAGAAAUUGACCAUGAAUGGCAAACCUGCAUCAACAAAAGCAAAUCCACUUAUUUUCAGUCUCAAUAGAUGGUAACUGUCCUAUCUACUGAUCUAAAAGAAUGCAGUGUCUCUAGGCCUGCUUUUUUUUUUUUUUCUUUUCUCCUUGAAUCAAAUACCUUGCUCUUGUUGCAGCAAGAUGUCUUAUAUCAACAUACCAGGAGCAGUAUUCAAUGCAUAAAAUGUAAGACCACCACUGUCUAUAUAGAAUUCUUUAACUGUGUUGCUGGUAACAUUUCAAACAUGAACUGGAAAAAAAGAAAAUUA